CGCAGACAGCCAGGUUGGGCGGCCCUUCCGAGCGCGGCGCACCGAGGAAGAGGCGGCGGGGGCGCGCCUGUUGCUGCGGAGGAGGCGCGGCGAUCGCUCGGCCAGGGCGGCCUCGGCGGGGGCGCUGCAGCAGCGGCGGCGGCCUCCCUCUCCGCCCGCGCCAUGUCCCGCUCCGGCCGGCCGCGCGACUACAAGUGCGGCGACCUGGUCUUCGCCAAGAUGAAGGGCUACCCGCACUGGCCCGCCCGGAUCGAUGAGAUGCCGGAAUCGGCUGUGAAGUCAACUUCCAACAGAUACCAGGUCUUUUUCUUUGGGACGCACGAAACGGCCUUCCUGGGUGCCAAGGAUCUCUUUCCCUACGAAGAGGGCAAAGCAAAGUUUGGCAAAGCCAGCAAGCGGAAAGGCUUCAGCGAAGGCCUGUGGGAGAUCGAGAACAACCCCACCAUCAAGGCCUCGGGGUACCAGCCGGCUCAGAAGAAGCGGCCCCUGGAGGAAGGGAGGGCCAAGAAGGAGCCGGAGGCUGGCGGGAAGGGCAGCCCCAAAGGCAACAGCCCCGAGGAGGAAGAGGAGGAGGGCAACCUGGUGAUUGACGAGCAGGUCAGGGAGAAGAACCAGAAGGUUUCCCACAAGAGGAAGGCCCCGGAGGGCCCGGAGGACUCCUCCCUCAAGCGCAUGAAGGACAGCAGGGAAGACCAGUCGGAGGCGGCUGGGGAGAAGCCGGGCUGUGAGGACGCGGCCCAGGAAGCUGGGAACCAGAAGUCGGAGCCAGGGGAAGGCCAGGGGAAGAAUGGCGGGGGCGGCAGCCCCCCCCUCGAUGUGCUCGGAGGAGGCGAAAGAAAGGGAAAGGCUGCCCAAGAGGAGGAGGAGGAGGAGGAGGAGGAAGAAGAAGAAGAAGAAGAGCAGGAAAGCAGAGAUCGUGAGAAGAGCGCGUAGCCGGCGCUCUGGGUUUCCUCGGUGCUACCAACCAGAUUGCAUCAUCCUCUCCUUUCCGUGUCCGGCGCUGGGCGGGAAGGGAGCGCAACCCGACAUUUCCACCCCAGGAACAGGAAACGGCCUCUGCCCAGCCCGCCUGCAUCUCUCCUGGCCGGCCGUUUCGCCGGUGCUACGCUUUGAGCUAGUCCUAAUUCGUAGAGGGAAUGUACGGAUCGGUCGCUUUGGAAUAAACGCAGUUGGGUGCCUUUUUAAAAAAAC